GGAGGGCUCACUGCAAACCAGCACCAAAAAUGACAGAAAAAACCCCUAUUAUUCCAAACAAAAGGCUGCAACAGACGCAAGCGCAGGUGAAUGAAGUAGUUGAUAUUAUGCGUGUGAAUGUGGACAAAGUUUUGGAGCGGGACAAAAAUCUAUCAGAGCUGGACGGACGUGCAGCCUGGCCUACUAUACUAAGUCCCAGAGACAUGUGGGAGCAGGGAAUUUUCCUGCUUGACGUUCCCCGACUUUUUGCAAAGAAUGCUAUUGCUGUCUCCAAUGUGAAUAGACAAAGCAAACCGCCAGUUACGCAGAAUUUGUUCCAUAUAUUUGGCAAGCUUGAAAUGGAUGACGAAUACGCAAUUCCUGAGUUGCCAAAUUUUGCUGUAGUUACUGAUGAAAGACAAAACAGUUUGGAGGAUAACAAGGCGGAUGAAAAAGCUGACGACGAACUGGAUCAAAUCAUUGGUGAGGAACAGGUACCCCAGAAAGGUGCCAAGCUACUCUCCGGUUUAUACGGUACAUACGGUGAUUAUGGUCCGGCAGCCGUCAGCUUGGUGCCGGCGGUUUAG